GUUCGGUAGUUCCCGCUCGACUUUCUCCCGAAUCCCACUCCCAGCCGGCCAAAUGAUCUCCUCGCUGCCGUUCUCCAAGCGAUUGGUAAUUCGCGAUUACUUCAACUCCGAGAAAGCCGAAGAAGAUUCGAUGGUGAUCUCAUCUUCUGCUAGGGUUUCGGAGAGGAAACAUGUGGUAAGAGGCCGCACCAUCAUGUCUUCCGUGCCGGGAACUGUGAUUUCAAGCCCUGUAGUUAGCUUCGGUCCAGAAGGCUUCUUUCUUGGAGCCCAACUAUCCGAUCUCAGCUCCCGCCAUGUUUGUUCUAGAGCCAAAAUUGGUCAUAGUCGUGGAGCAAAAGCUACUUCUGUUUGGGUGCUUGCCCUUGCUUCUUACUAUGGUUCAGUACUCAGGUCUUCUUCUUCUCUAGUGAUGAUUUCAACUACAGCUCAGCUUAAUCUCUACCGAAGAUGCAAUGGCUAUAAUGUCCAACAAAUGACUUACUUCUUUAUAGCUUAUGGACGGAUCUUCUAUACCUAUAUUCAGAAUACGUCAAUACAUUUAACGGGAAUACGUGUUAAUAGUCCAAAAGGAUUACACAGCUGUAAAGGGGAUCAACGGCUCACUAAAGCUCAGAGGAGGUACAAAACAAUUCAUUAA